AUGUGGGUGGAAAAUAGUUUGAUGAAGUUUCGAAAAUGGUCUAUUAAUUUCGAUCCUAAAGCUGAGUUGCCUAUUAUUUCGGCAUGGAUUCGAUUUCCAGGGCUUAAACUACAUCUUUUUAACCAUGAAAUACUUUUUUCGCUUACUGCUGCGUAUGGGAAGCCUUUAAAAAUGGAUCAUGCUACUUUUACUUUAUCGAGAUCAUCUGAAGCACAUAUAUUGGUUGAACGAGAUAUUACUCAGACUUUCUGUAAAAAAAAUUGGAUAGACUUGCAACAUCAAGGUUAUUGGCAGCCUGUUGAAAUUGAAAAACAUUCGUCUUACUGCACUAAUUGUUCUAUGUUUGGGCAUCAAACUACUUCUUGCUUUCAUUUGAAUCCACAACUCAAAAACUCCCAUAAUGCUAGGCAAACUAGUAAUCCUGUUAACAAUAUAAUUUUUGAUUCGCAUGAUGCUCCACCUGGUGCUGAAAAUGGGAAUGAAUUAGUUGGAAAUCUUGAUACUAAUGCUACUUCUAAUUUGCAACAUUUUGUUACAAGAACUAUUAAUAAUUGUUUUGAGGCCUUAUUUCAACGAUUGAAUAUUAAUGAUGGGCAUCAAGAAGCUGAUAUUUUACAUUUGUGUAAUGAUGCUACACCUAAACAUAUGCAGAUUAAUGACAAUGAGGAGUUAGCUGAAAACUCUAACAAUCAUAAUGCUAAUGUUCCUUAUAGACACUCUAUACCUGCGGAGCCUGAUGAAGAAAUGAUCAAUGAGGAGCCUGUGGAAGAAAAUAUUGGUCUUUAUGACUUGGGGGCCAUAUUGAAUCUCCUUAAACUUGGAGGAGGGGUUUUAUUUAUCAGAGAUUGGAUUGUUUAUUGGCUAAUUCAGGUUUUAUAA